AAAGAAUUUAAAACGUAAAAUUAAAGCCCUAAUAGAUCAAAACUCGAUUUCGAUUACAUAUAAACAAUUUAAUCGGAUUCCUAUGCAGACAGAAAAAUCCAUCUUCUCAUGCUCGAUGGAAGGGAGACCUCCAUCACGAGCUACUACACCGACGACGACGAAGGGGACAGUCUUAAUUUCCUAAUCCCUCAAAACCCUAAUUUCCACGCAAAGUAGGGGAUCCCCCAGUUUGAGAAUUCCAGAAUUUGUAUAGAAAAAGAUUAAAAAUGUUUUCGUGGAAUUUUGCGAAGUCGGCCGAGGCAAUGUUCUCGCGUUGGGCCGUGAAGAGGGUUUGCAAGUUCGUGUUGAAGAAGAAAUUGGGGCAUUUCAUAUUAGGGGAUAUCGACCUAGAUCAGCUUGACGUGCAACUUCGCGAGGGUACGAUUCAGCUUAGCGAUCUCGCGCUUAAUGUCGAUUGUCUCAAUGAGAAGUUGGGUGCAGCAACAUCAGUUAUUAUAAGAGAAGGAUCCAUUGGCUCUUUACUUGUUAAAAUGCCUUGGAAGGGUGAAGAUUGUCUGGUGGAGAUAGAUGAACUUGAACUUGUGCUUGCUCCUUGUUUGAAGAAUGAUUCACCAGCUGGAAGUGAAACUUGGAGUUCAGUUCAGGAUGGCAACAAUGGCCUCCAUUCUGACUCAAAAAAGCUUGCGCAUGACUCGUUGGAUGACACUACCAAACCUAUAUCUGGGGAUGUUCAUGAAGGUGUCAAGACAAUUGCAAAGCUGGUCAAACGGUUGCUUACAAGUUUCCAUGUCAGGAUAAAGAAGUUAAUAGUUGCAUUUGAUCCAUAUUUGGAGGGUGAAAAGAAUAUGGGUAUUCGCACAACCCUAGUGCUUCGAAUAUUAGAAACAGAAUGCGGAACUUGUGUUUCUGAAGAUGCCAAUUCUAAUGGUGGUACAAUAGUUGAGAGCUUUCUUGGAAUAAGUCAAUUGACAAACUUUGUGAAAUUUCAAGAAGCGGUACUUGAGCUUCUUCGAAUUGAUGGUGACAAUAAUAAAGAAAGCUCUCCAUGUGUAUCAGGAACAAGCUUUGGUGACUAUUUUUCAGGGGGCAGUCCCUUAAAUACUACCACUCCUGUUGUGACAGGGAAAAAGGGUGGAUUUUCUGGGAAUGUAAAAUUAAGUAUUCCUUGGAAGAAUGGGUCCUUAGACAUUCACAAAGUGGAUGCAGAUGUUCAUAUUGAUCCUGUGGAAUUGAGACUUCAGCCCAGUACAAUAAAAUGGCUCUUGCUUUCAUGGGAAACUUUAAAGAAACUGGACAAAGAUUGUGAGGGUCAUAUGCAUCAUAAUCCAACGAAUUCUUUUAACAUCAAUGCUGCAUCCUACUGCAACUCAUCAACAGCAGUUUCUACUGGACAUGUUACUGACAAGGCAAUGCUAAGUUGUGGUGCCUCUUCAAUGGACACCUCUACUUUGCCCCUGCAGGAUUCAGUCUCUGAGAAUUUUCUACCCGGGUCACAUGUCAUAUCAGAUUGGGUGCCAUUUUCCAUCCCUAAAAUUCAGAAAGAUGGAAUUGAAGAAGAAAUUGACUUUGGGGCAAGUGUGGAUCAAUUCUUUGAAUGUUUUGAUGGGAUGAGAAGUUCCCGAUCGACUUUGGCUAGCAGUGGGAUGUGGAACUGGACAUCUUCUGUUCUCAGUGCAAUUACUGCUGCAUCCAGCCUUGCUUCUGGAUCUUUGCAUAUUCCCUCUGAACAGCAGCAUGUUAAAACCACUGUGAGAGCAGCUCUUGCGGAAAUUUCUUUCAUGCUUUCAUUUCAUGAUGAAGACCAAAGGCAUUUGUGUGAUCCUCCAGGUGAUCAGGCUAAUGUUCAUCAUUUAGGUUCAGAAUGGAGAGACAUUGUUCUUCAAUUGCAGGUAUGCCCUCAAGAAAUGAAGUUUGAAGGAAUGGUGAAUUGUAUUGUGGUUGCUCAUUACUACAGCAGUAUAAAUACUGCCACGAACUUUGGUUGGAAGACGUGUACCGAUAAUAAUGCCAGUCAAAAGCAUUUGAUUCAUCAACUGCAAGCUGAAGUUCAAGGUGCUCUUCCUCCGUUUGCCUAUCCUGCCGAAGAUUCUUAUUCAAAUGAAGUAAACAGUUCAGUUGCUGCAGAUUUUCCUUUUGGAAGUAGGGGUGGCAUAGUCAAAGUGACAUUGCUUAAAACUUCAGGGGUCACUCAUUGCCAAUUUUCUGCAUGUUCCAGUUCAUCAGAUGGCAGUUUUACCGGGCCAACAUUAUUUUCAUUGAACUUAGCACCUUUUGUUUUCUGGGUGAACUUCCCUCUAAUAAAUACACUGAUGAAUCUAUCUGUGGAAUUGAUAAAAUCUGUUGAGAUGAACAGCAAGAGGAAUGAGUUUCCACCCCGGGUCUUCAAUGAGAAGCAAGGAUCAUCUCCGGAUGGUAUCAGAAGAGGUUCUACUCUUUACAUGACAAGCUUGUCUUCAACAGAAAGGUUGUGUGUCAAUAUACUUAUGCCCAACGCUCGUGUAAUUCUGUGUUUCCAUUUUGAGAGCAGCGAAGAUACUAGAGGCUACUCUUCCUGGGAUCAGUUUCUUGUUCUUGAUUUUUCAUCACAGUCAGCAUUGAACAAGGGAAUAGAUAAAGACAGCAAUUCAAAUUCAGAUGCAAGUUUACAGAAAAAAAAUUCUUUGACGGCUACGAGGUCUUUGCAUUUGCAUGUUGGUGAUCUUAAAAUUUACUUGGUUUCUCCUGCAAGUGAGGCUGAGGUUGGAAUAGACUCCUGUAAUGUAAAGAAUCAGAAAUUUUCUUCUGAGAACAUUCUCUCAAUGGCAAACAAAAAAGGUGGUCUUGCUGUCAUUAGUAUGCUUUGGCAGGAGGGUCAUGCGACUGGUCCUUGGAUAGCAAGGAGGGCAAAGUUCUUAGCCACUUUAGAAGAAUCAAGGAAUAGACAUAAAUUUGUGGGGAAGGGUUUUGAGUUUGCAUCUGUGUCUACUGUUAAAGAUCUUGAAGGGUUAAAGUCUCAAACUCGACAAGAGAUGAUUCUGAGCUCCGUAUUAUGCCUGCAUGUUCAUCUAUGUCCUGUUACAAUUAAUCUUGGUAGUUCUCAAUACAAAGUCUUACAUGGUUUUUUAAAUGAGGUGAUAAGUGGAUUCUCUUGUGUGGAUUCUGAUGCUGCCAAUUCUAGGAAAGGAUCUUCCGUGUCUCAAACAUCAUUUUUUGUGGAGUGUGAUACAGUAGAAAUUUUAAUGAGCCCAGACGUGAAAGAGAUUAAUGUGGGCUCGAUGCAGCGUGAACUUCCUGGAUCAUGGUGUUGUCUGAAACUUAAAAUUCAGAAGUUUGAAUUGCUGUCUGUCUCAAAUGUUGGAGGUAUUAAGGAUGCCAGCUUUUUUUGGCUAGCCCAUGGAGAAGGCAAAUUGUGGGGUUCCAUCAAUGGGAUUCCUGAUCGAGAGUUUCUUCUGAUAUCAUGUAGUGAUUCUACCAUGAAACGUGGUGAUGGAGGAGGUUCCAAUGCCUUGUCGUUUAGAAGGGCUGGUUCUGAUAUUGUAUACCUAUGGGAGCCCAAUAGUUUUCACGGUUUUACAUCUAUAAAUGUCAGAUGUAGUACAAUUGUUGCAACAGGUGGUCGCUUGGAUUGGUUGGAUGCAAUAUCCUCCUUUUUCAGUUUGCCUUCUCCUGAGACUGAACAAGCAGGUAACAAUAGUAUGCAGAAGGGGGAUUUGAAUGCAUCAUGUGGAUCUACUUUUCUCCUUAACUUGGUUGAUGUUGGAUUGAGUUAUGAGCCCUACUUAAAGAAUUUGGUGCACGGGAUUGAAGUUCCAGAUCCUAAGUGUUAUUCUUCAAGUGCCAAAGAAAAAGAAUGUUUCGGUGAGCAAGUUGCUUGUCUGUUAGCUGCAUCUUCCUUCAAUGUAUCAAAUUCAACUAUGGCAAACUCAAUUGGUAAUGAGUGCAAAAUCAGAGUGCAAGAUCUUGGGCUUCUUCUUUGUACAGUGUCAGAGCCCAAUAAUCUUGAUGGCACUUACAGUGUUGAACAUCUUCACAAGGUUGGCUAUGUUAGAGUUGCUCGGGAGGCACUCAUCGAAGUUAUCUUGAGAAAUAAUUGUAAGAAUGGGCUCCUCUGGGAGGUGGAAUGUUCUAAAUCUCACAUUUACGUGGAAACUUGCCAUGACACCACUUCUGGUCUGAUCCAUUUGGCUUCUCAACUUCAGCAGCUAUUUGCUCCUGAUUUGGAGGAAUCGGUUGUGCAUUUGCAGGCUAGGUGGGACAACGUCCAGAAGGCACAAGAGAGGAACAAUUACAAUGGUGAAACUAGAACCUUCAAUGGUGAAUCUGGGCCAUCAACUUCUGGAGUUCAUACUGCAAGUGAAGAUGCAACAAGUGAACCCAGGUUGGUUGGCUUGAUGGAUGAGAUAUGUGAGGAUGCAUUUCAGUUUGAUAACUGUCAUACCUACCAAUUUGAUUCUUCUGAAUCCCACAUUUGUGUUUCACUUGAUGAAAGUCUUCUUAGAGAUGCAUGUAGCUUAAAUGUUGAAACUCCUGAAAGAUUAUCCCAUGAUUUGUCCUUCAAUCGGUCGGUGCCUGUAUUGGGACUGGAAAGCAGUCAAAACUCAUUUUUAGAAGAAGGAAACUUUCCAGAAUUUAUAGAAGGCUAUUGUUUAUCUGAGUUGCGCCCUCUGUCUGAAUUAUCCAUAGGCAGACAAUCUAUGCCUGAGUUACCUAAAUGCAGAUCCAUGAAUGCGGAGCAUGAAGGUCUUGGAAAAGGAAAUAGUGGAUGGUAUGGGGACACCUAUUUAAGCAUUGUAGAAAACCACAUUGCAGAGUCAAGUGAGCAAAGUGGUGUGAGACAAUUUGUGGAAGCAAAACUCCCUUUUAUUGACAAUACAAAACAUGAUGAUAUCGGAAAGGUUACAGGACGUGUACUUUUGAAGAACAUUGAUGUCAGAUGGAGAAUGUAUGCUGGUUCUGACUGGCAUGAUUCUAGAGACGAUGGCGAGCAUUAUGCUAAGUAUCAUGGAAGGGACAAAACUGUGUGUCUGGAGCUUUCUUUAUCAGGGAUGGAAUUUCAAUAUGACAUUUUCCCAAUUGGUGGAGUACACGUGUCUAAACUUUCCCUUUCAAUUCAAGAUUUUCAUCUCUACGAUAGGAGCAGGGAUGCACCAUGGAAACUGGUGCUAGGCUAUAAUUAUUCAAAAGAUCAUCCUAGAGAAUCUUCAUCAAAAGCAUUGAAACUGGACUUAGAAGCUGUCAGACCAGAUCCUCUAAUUCCUCUCGAGGAGUACCGGUUACGCAUUGCUUUCCUUCCCAUUCUAUUGCAUCUUCAUCAGUCCCAACUUGAUUUUCUCGUCAACUUUUUUGGGGCAAAGAACUCAUCAGUUGACCAAUCUCCUGAUUGUCACGAAGAGCCAGAUAGUUCAAAAUUGUUGCAUGGCCAUACAAUUGCCAAUGAGGCAUUCCUUCCUUACUUUCAGAAAUUUGAUAUAUGGCCUGUUCUUGUUCGGGUUGACUAUAGUCCCCACCAUGUUGAUCUUGCGGCACUAAGAAGUGGGAAGUAUGUAGAACUUGUAAAUCUUGUUCCCUGGAAGGGUGUUGAGCUUCAACUGAAGCAUGUCCAUGCUGUUGGUAUCUAUGGCUGGGGCAGUGUUUGUGACACAAUUAUAGGGGAGUGGUUGGAAGAUAUUUCACAAAACCAGGUUCAUAAAAUAUUGCAAGGCCUUCCUACUAUCCGAUCAUUAGUUGCUGUUGGUUCUGGUGCUGUGAAGCUGGUUUCUUUACCUGUUGAGAACUACAAGAGGGAUCGGAGAGUGCUCAAGGGAAUGCAAAGAGGCACUGCUGCAUUUCUUAAAAGCAUUUCACUUGAAGCGUUUGGACUUGGAGUACAUUUGGCUGCUGGGGCUCAUGACCUUUUGCACCAAGCGGAAUAUAUUCUUACUAGCAUUCCUCCUUCUGUACCAUGGGCUGGAGGAAGUAAAAUGAAGACAAAUGUACGAUCUGAUCAGCCUAAAGAUGCCCAGCAAGGACUUCAAAGGGCUUAUGAAAACGUUAGUGAUGGCUUGGGAAAAUCUGCAUCUGCCUUAGUCCGGACUCCCUUGAAAAAGUAUCAGAGUGGAGCUGGUGCCGUAUCUGCUUUGGCAUCUGCCAUUCAAGCUGUUCCUGCUGCUGCUAUAGCUCCAGCUUCUGCAUGUGCAAGUGCUGUCCAUUGUACACUUCUUGGCUUCAGAAAUAGCCUGGAUCCCGAGCGUAAGAAAGAGUCCAUGGAGAAAUAUUUGGGUCCCACUCAGUCAUUGGAACAAGAUCAAUGAGGGUACCCUUGACCAAUUUAGUAAAGACCUGCUGCUUUUGCAUCCAUAAAAGGUUAUCGAUGAAGAGCUUUUUUUGAUGCUUUGGAGGGGGCCAUGUAUCAUAUGUAAGGUUAAUGAAACUGCCGAUUGAUUCUUUCCCGUCAGGACGAGACAAGACGGUAAUUUUGUACAAACAAACUGUAAAUAUCCAAUUAUUCUUUUAAGUUUCAACCCACACAGAAAAUUCCCUUGUAAUUAUCGUGGUAUAAUAUAUGCGUAGUUAGAUUACAUGAUGUUAUUCUUUCAAGGCCUCAAUUAUAGUGGAAAUUGAUUCUGUUGUACAUA